UUUCACGUUGCUAAUAUUCUGCGCAAGAUGUUAUCCACGAUUUACACGCAGGGCAGUGAUGCAAACAAGCGCGCUGGAAAAUAAAGGGAUUCUUGUGUGGCCGCCUUUUGGAUAAAAAGGGCCCCUGUCUCUCUUCGCCCACUAUGCGGAGGCCAGACGACACCGCCGUCGCCCGUAUAGGUCGCGUAUAACGGGUAUUUUAUGGAAGGUGGGACGAGGGAGAGGUUGUGAGGCUGGGGAGUCGGGACAUCGGCUGAGCUGAGGAGAGGAGCGUUAGCAAGCUAGCUGUGGUGACAGGAACACUUAUAACGGAACAGUGAGUACAGCGACCCGUUGGCUCGGUCAUCAUGGCUACGAACGGUAACAACUUAACGCCUGGGAUGGGAGAAAUCAUCCAGUUGAACGUCGGGGGGACGAGGUUCAGCACCUCCAGACAGACUCUGAUGUGGAUCCCUGACUCUUUCUUCUCAAGUUUGCUGAGUGGAAGGAUAUCCACUCUUCGGGAUGAAACUGGAGCUAUAUUCAUUGACAGAGACCCUACAGCUUUCGCACCAAUUUUGAAUUUCCUCCGAACCAAAGAAUUGGACCUGCGGGGUGUCAACAUCAGCGUCCUGCGGCAUGAAGCAGAGUUUUACGGGAUAACUCCUUUAGUACGGCGUCUGCUGCUGUGUGAGGAACUAGACCGCUCGUCGUGUGGUAGCGUUCUCUUCCAUGGUUACCUGCCGCCCCCAGCCAUCCCUGCCCGCAAGUCAAGCCCUGCUUCAUCAGCCUCUGGCUCCUCCUCUGAUGAGCGACCGGGUCCGAGUGGAGCAGAGGGCUUCACCCGUGUCGGUCCCCCUCCUCACCCGUCCCUCACUGCCGCACCUGGAACAGACGACAACCACAAACUGGGUCCUGUGGUCGACCCCAGGAAGGUGCUGAUUAUAGCAGGUCACCACAACUGGAUUGUAGCAGCUUAUGCUCACUUUGUCAUCUGCUACAGGAUAAAGGAAUCUUCUGGAUGGCAGCAGGUGUUUUCCUCUCCCUACCUUGACUGGACCAUUGAACGCAUCGCACUAAACGCAAAGGUUGUAGGUGGCCCUCAUGGAGACAAGGACAAGAUGGUGGCUGCUGCCUCUGAGAGCAACAUCAUCCUCUGGAGCAUCCAAGACGGAGGCAGUGGAAAUGAGAUUGGUGUGUUCAGUCUCGGUGUACCUGUGGAUGACCUCUUCUUCAUCGGGAACCAGCUGGUGGCUACGAGCCACACAGGGAAGGUUGGGGUGUGGAAUGCAGUCACGCAGCACUGGCAGGUUCAAGAUGUGGUUCCUAUUACCAGUUGUGACACAGCAGGCUCCUUCCUGCUACUGGGCUGCAACAAUGGGUCCAUCUACUACAUUGACAUGCAGAAGUUUCCACUGAGGAUGAAGGAUAAUGAUCUUCUAGUGACGGAGCUUUAUCAUGACCCUUCAAAUGAUGCCAUCACUGCGCUGUCCGUCUACCUCACACCUAAAACCAGUGUGAGUGGGAACUGGAUAGAGAUAGCUUAUGGGACGAGCAGCGGUGCAGUGAGAGUGAUCGUGCAGCACCCAGAGACAGUGGGAUCGGGCCCCCAGCUCUUCCAGACGUUCACUGUGCACAGGAGCCCAGUGACAAAGAUCAUGCUUUCUGAGAAACAUCUGGUGUCAGUGUGUGCAGACAACAACCAUGUUCGGACAUGGACGGUGACCCGGUUCAGAGGGAUGAUCUCCACCCAGCCAGGCUCCACCCCUCUGGCCUCCUUCAAAAUACUGUCCCUGGAGGAGACGGAGAGCCACGGCAGCUACGGCUCUGGGAACGAUAUUGGUGAGAGAUUAAGUCCAUUUGGAGAGAGAGAUGAUCAGCAGGUGUUCAUACAGAAGGUGAUCCCCAUCACCAAUAAACUGUUUGUGAGGCUCUCAUCUACUGGAAAGAGGAUCUGUGAAGUGCAGUCAGUGGAUGGGACCACCAUCUCUUCCUUCAUGGUGCGGGAGUGCGAGGGUUCGAGCCGGAUGGGGUCGCGACCUCGGCGCUAUCUGUUCACUGGUCAUGGCAACGGCAGCAUCCAAAUGUGGGACCUGACCACAGCGAUGGACACCGCCAACAAAGGAGAGGAGAAGAAGAGAGAGGAUGUAGGUGGGCCUACAGAGGAGGAGCUGCUGCAGCUGUUGGACCAGUGUGACCUGAGCACCUCCCGCUGCGCUACACCAAAUAUUAGCCCGGCCCCCUCCAUGCUGCACCACACACGCCUCAGAGAGUCCUGCUCAAGUCUGCAGUUACAGGCCCAGGAGCCCAUUCCUGAGAGCCAGGCUACGUAUGGAGCUGUGCGACCCUACAGAGAGAGCCCCCUGCUGGCCCGUGCUCGACGAACUGAGUCCUUCCACAGCUACAGAGACUUCCAGAACUUCAGCCUGAGUCGAGGUAUUCUGGACAGCACUGGCCAGACGUCCACACACGGCCUCAGCCAGACCCUUGAUGUCCGCCGUUCACUCUGUGACUUUGGCCCUGACGACAGCGAGAGGAGAGCCUCAGCUAUGGAGUUCUGGGCGUGCCGAACAGCCAGCUCAAGCUCGAACACAGUUAUGGGAGCCACGACGACCGCUGGUGUUUCCGGGAUGAAGACAGAAGGCGGUCAAGAGUCAUUACGACAACCUCCUGACAGCCCGGUUCCCGGAGGUGACGUUAGGCGAAAGGUGCUCCCACAGCCAGAGGAGGGAGAAGGUGGGGGAUCAGGGGGAGAGGGGGCGAAGGUGGAGGGAGGUGUCAGGAAGAGAGGAGUACUAGAAGGAGGCUUUCUGGGGAGGAAGAAGGCUCCCCCAGUCCCCCACCUCGCCUCUGUGCCAUCUGGAUCGGAAGGUGGUGGCAGCGACUCAUCUUCCAAUGCUUCCCCCUCCCCAACAAAACUCUCUUCCUCCACCUCACCCAGACACAGGAAGCUGGCACCUGAGCCGUCCAAUCAGGACAGCAGCCUGUGACGGAGAGUGCCCACCACCCUUUUCUUUUGGUACCCAGUCGGAGGAGUCAUCUUGUAGAUGCACAUUUUGGAGAUGAGUUCUGGAUAUCACAGCAGAGGAGGAAUGUGGCUUUGAGGAGUAACUGGAUAAAGGGCCUUCUUCUGUAGGAACUCCAACACACGAUGCUAAUAUGCUUUAAUGAGUCUGUGUCUCAGGACGAGUCAAAUAUACGCUGUUUGCUUUUUACGCUGAAAAACUCGAAUUUAAACCAUACACCUUUUAUUUCAUUUAAAGGAACAGUUCACGCCCCAAAUCAAAUAUACAUAUUUUUCCUCUUGCCUGUAGUAGUGUUUAUCAGUCUGGAUUGUUUUGGAGUGAGUUGCUGAGUGUUGGAGACACAUAGUACUACAUAGUUCUACAGGUAAGGGGGGAAAUAUGUGUUCUUGAUUUGGGGGUGAACUGUCAUUUUAAGUCAGUGAAACUCAAACAUUGGUAUCAUACAUUUGACUACAAAAUCUAUCUAACAUGACGAAGCAGUUGCAACACCCCUACGUCAACAGCAUGCCAUCUCAACCAAGGCAGGAAUACAUUUUGUUUUUGAUCUUUUAAGGGAUUUUAAGUUUUAUCAAAGUUGUAAAAUCCUCCGGGUUCAACUGGAGCUCCAACUAUCUCGGUUUGCUUUUGGUGUAACAGAUGAUGGGUGAUAAGGUUCACACUUUCAGGCACAAAUAGCAGCAAUUUGCCAGCUUGGAGAACCGCAGAAAUUGGUUUCUCUCCAUGUGUUGAUGUACAGUAACUACAGGAACAUGCAAAAGUCCAUCUGGCCAGGUAUUAUCAAGGGCCUGUUGUUGCUGCCUGUUAGGUUGAAGCACAAGCAAUCGUAAGGCCACCAAUGUGUAGCUUGAAUCUUAAACUCAUCAAGGUUCAUCAAAAUAACAAGCACAUAUGCACAGCACAGUGCUAGUAAAAGACUGAGGGUUUUAAACACUAUCCAAGGAGCAUUUUAUCCUGUGGGAUCCUCUAAUGGAAGCAAAAGGGAAUUAACAAAUGCACAGUUUGUACUUUUAUCAAAUAUUUAAAGUGUUUUUAUUGACUUAAAGUCUGGCAGGAAUGAAUUUGUCCAGACCCUGACCUAACUUGUUCAAGCUUACCCCAAACUCCUGCUUACAAACAGAAAACAAAGAAAUACUGUCAUCAGAAACUUUAAAAAAUAACCCAUCACAAAAAUACUCAAUUUACAAUAAUAUAAAAGAUGAAAAAGUGUGAAGUUAUUUCGGGAGAUUUACCAAACAAAUUGACUAAUCAUUUCAGCAUUUCAGAUUAAUCAAAAGGAUCAGGACCCUUUAAAAACUCAUGAUAAUGUCUCUCUGACAAUAAGUGCAAUAUGUCGCACAGUGAAUUUUACUGAAACAUACCUGAAAUAUGUCGCCCUAGCUGGAACCAUGGCACCCACCUGAACCCUAAUGUGUAUCCACUUUUCUGCAGCUAGAGACACAUUAGUUUCUGUUGUUGAAGCAGUGACAUAAAAAGCCAAUGUUUAGCUCGCAGUAAAAUAAUUUUGCAGUAAAACCUUGGAACCCUGCAACUAGCUGAACUAAAUGAACUGUGGUCGUUUGAAAUUUGACCAGUUACACUUUUGCUUUUUCUGCUAUAAUGAGCCAAAAUGUCUGCUGCCUAAUCCAACACAGCAGCAAUUUAGGAAGGAACUUUCAGAAGAAAAAAACAAAUUAGUGGCACACAUGUGGAAAGCUUACUGUUGGACGCAAGUUUUAGGUUUUUUUUGUGUUUGUUUGAUUUCUUUUAGAGUUUAAUCCAUCAUAAAGAUCACAUUAACAGUGACAGCAAGCAAAUAUACAGACACGUUCCUCUGUGUCUAAACAGAGAAACUAUUUGGUAUGUCACUGUUCAGACAGCUACAAAAAGGAAAAACUGUUUGUGUUCCUGUCAACUCAAUCUAUUCUUCUCACAGUGGUGCCUGUGCAAGAUCACACUAAUUAUCAUUAUUUUAUAUAUUUUUUUACAGUAUCACAAUACAACUACACUCAGCUCAAUACAAGGACCUGGUACACUACAUCACUUUACUCCUGUUGCAACAGAACGUGUCUUGUUUUGUUUCAGAUGACUGUCGCAGUGCCUUAUUUAACUUGUUUGACAGUUACCAAUCCUUUUCAUUGAAAAGGAUUCUGACCAAAGGCUUGUGACGACUGUGGAGCCACGUGACGGACCUGUCCGCUCUGGCUCUGGCUAGAACUGUCUCAUGAUAGAUUUACAGCGGGCCAGAUCAGAUUCUCUGAGUGGUCACGUGAAGAUAGGCAUCACAGUACAUUUUAAAUCAUCAACACUUACUGUAAAUUGUAGAUAACAUUGACAAAGAUGAAAACUGGAAAGUCUGUCUAGUUGUGAAGGCCUUAAAGGACAGGUUCAGGUUAAAUGGCAGUGUCCUUAAUUAGCAUACCUUUACUGCUUGAACCCAUCUGAUCCCCUGUGACAUAUCCAUUAGCUGUGUGUUUGGGAUAAGUUAAAGAAAUCAGGCCAGCUCUUGAUCUACGGUACUAUUUUAUAAUUCACGUGGGGACAACUGCAAAAAAUUGUGACAGUAAAAAGAUUAAACAGAACUGGAAAGGAUGUCCUGAAAUGUUUUUGCCAAAUCCAUCAGCUAUAUAACCUCCUUUAAGUCACUGCUUAAUCUAAACUGACCUGCGACCCCUGCCUGUACAAAGACGUGCAUUUUUAUACACUAAUUACCUGUACGAUAAGUAGACAUACAUAUUCAAAACAAAAUCCUAAUGUGGAUGCAUUGAUGUGUGUUAUGUUGUGUCGAUACUUAACACUGUUGUUCAUUACAUAUUGUUAAUAAUCAUAUAAUGCUUAUAUUGAUAUUACCGUGCUAUUGGACCUAACUGCAUUUGCACUUGCACUAUUAAGACUAACAUUAAAUUGCUAGUGUUUAUUUUAUAUAUACAUAUAUAUGAAAAUAUAAAGUUUAAAGUGUAUUUCAGCACAUAACUGUGCUGUCUGUCUGUCUUCUGUCUGUCCUUAUCUGUCGUCCCUCGGUUCCUCUCUGGCUAUGUUUACAUUAUAUUGCAGCCAGAUGCUAGCGAGCUAAAAGGAAUACAUAUCUGUUUGUUUAAACUGCCCUGUACAUCUUUGUUUUACGUUGUGUACGUUAGAAAUGCUGCAUUCUGUUGUAAUGUUAUUCACAGUGCUGACCCAUGAUCAGAUGUAAUGUUAACAGUGAACAUUUCAGAGCCUCAAUGUUCAUGCAGUUUCAACAACUGUGUUCACUAAAACCUCUCAAACCUGGACUUGUUUCCUUCCUUUCUCUCAGUAGAUAGAGAUGCAACGAAAAAGACUGUUGAGAUACAGUUUAGCUGUAUUGUUUUCUCCAUUUUGACAAAGUUAGUCUGAAGAAACAGCAAAAUUUCAGCUAUUUACAGAAGAUAUUUCAAAUCUGUAUUAUCACAAAGCUGUAAAGUGUAGCACCUGUUUACCUUGUUUAGUUUCUACAUUCAGUAUGCAUGUUUUAACACUUUGUAUUGAACAAAGUUACACUGUUUUAGACCAUUAAAGUCACUCCAGUUUUCCAGAAAACAGAUUAAGACUAACAGAAACUAUUAAAAAUUAUUUGUGAUCUGAGAUGUUUGAAUGUAUGAGAGUGUGAGAGGACAAGAUCUUUGACAAGAUAAUUAAAACAAACAUAUAACUGACUGUGAAAGGGACAGUUCACCCAGAAAGGGACAGUUCAAGAUAAUCCACAGACCUUGUUGUAAGCAGUUUCAUGUAGGAACUAUUUUCUUUUUACCAAACUACGCCUGCCAACCAUAUCACUAAAGAGAAGGAAGCGUGCAUCUACUGCUAGCUCACCUAGCACCACUGAGCUAGGUAACGUUGUAGCUCAGCCAAGAAGGACGCCAUUGAUGUUUACAUCUCUGUCACGAACACAGCCUCUCGUCCAUGUGUAGAUGCACGCUUCCUUCUGUGCCAUGAUAUAGUUGCCAGUUGUGGUUCAAUAAAAGAAAAAAAAAGUUCCUACAUUAAACUGCUCACAACAAGGUCUGUGGAUUAUGUCGAGUAACCACAUUGUGAGUUCUGGAAAGAGACAUUGCUGUUGAGUUUUUUAAAUGUAUUUAAAAGUGCCAUCUAGUGCCAUUAUAUGCGAGAGAAGCAGACAGCUCUACAGUCGAUAUCUUCAAAACUCACACCAAAACAAUCUAUUUAUAUAUAUAUAUAUAUAUAUAUAUAUAUUCUAUAAAUAGCUCCAGUUUUUCAAACUUUUUUGCAGUUUCACCUUUAACACUAGACUCAGUAAAAAAAACAGGCUGAAAUAAAUUUUAAGCACAGGGUUUGUGUGGUUAACCUGCCAAAGCACGCAAUUUUUGUUUUGCUUGAGCAUCACAGAGGUGUGUGUGUGUGUGUGUGUGUGUGUGUGUGUCUCCCCAGCGCUUUCAUUUCACUAACCUUCCCGUUCAGACAGUCUCCUCUCUGAGACGCCGUCUGUCGUCAUUGUGAUUUAUGAGUUUAAUAAAAUCUUGUGUGUGUGUGUGUGUGUGUGUGUGUGUGUGUGUGUGUGUGUGUGUGUAGCUCAGGGCCAUACUGUCCCUUACAAUCACUCCACGAGCUCUCUUUUCACAACCUCUCCCUCCCUCCAUGGCUGACAAUAGCUGUGAAUGUGGCUGUGAAUGUUUUAGAAGUGCCCUUGUCAGACUGGUGUCCUUGAGCGAGGGCACGGUUGUUACUGCCAGUUUGUUAAUUUCAGACUUGCCUUGAUGUUCCCUUAAGGGACGCAGGAGCAAAACUAAAUUACUGCUGCAUAGUUUUGACGGAGAUACCGACCCUCUGUGUGUUGGCGGAGGUGUGUGUGACUGUGUGUGUGGUAACUAAAGUCUCUGUACAGCUGAUGGCACAUCUGUGUUAUACUAAGUCAGCAAAAACGAACAGCAUUUCAUCCUCAGCUAGAUAAACCAUGACCAGGCUGAGGCACAGGAGUGUGUUACGCUAAGUAUCUCAGUUGUGUCCCCAAGUGUGUUCCUCACUUCUGUACACACGCAAAUUAUUAAACUUUGUGUUCAAACUGUUUUGCUUUCAUAAUUGUAGUUCUACAAAUUUAAAUGAUUAUUUACACAUAUUAACCUCACCAUAAACAAAUAAUUAUGUAUCACUAGUGGAGUUUUUGUCCUUGUGCUUCAGUAUUAUGAAUUUCAUGCCUUAAACAUGGAAUGGUACGUUUGUGUGUCUUUAAUUUUGAGCUCCUGCAUUUAAAUACUGACAUCUC